AUGUCUAACCCAGAACUCAUGAAAGCUGUCGUCUUCGACGGACCAUACAAGGUCUCUGUGCAAGAUAGACCAGUGCCUCAAAUUCAAAGUCCACAGGAUGUUAUUGUCAAGGUCAACAUGACAGCUCUGUGCGGAUCGGAACUGCAUCUCUACCGAGGAGUAGAGCCGACAAAGCCCGACUUCAUUAUGGGUCAUGAGUUUACAGGCACCAUUGUCGCUCUGGGCUCUGCUGUGAAAUCCGUCAAGAUUGGUGAUAAGGUCGUAUCACCGUUUACUGCUUCAUGUGGUCAAUGCUACUACUGCCAAAAUGGCGGCUCUGCGAGAUGCGUCAACAGUCAAGCACUCGGCUCUCCAAAUCUCGACGGAGCCCAGGCCGAAUACGUCCGUGUCCCAUUCGCAGACGGAACCAUCAUCAAAGCCCCGACAGGCAUAUCCGAUCAAGCUCUAAUUCUCAUGGCUGACAUUUUUCCAACUGGGUAUUUUGGCGUUAACUCCGCGGUAGAAAUGAUGCCGAAGCUUGACUUGCAGGACGCGACUAUCGUGGUGAUAGGUUGCGGCCCUGUGGGGCUUUGCGCAGUUGUUGCUGCGGCUGCCCUGAAGCCAAAGCAUUUAUUUGCUGUGGACAGUGUUCAGGCCAGGCUAGACCAGGCAGCAAAGCUUGGAGCUGAACCUCUCAACUUCAUGGAGGAUAAGGCUGGAAUGGUAGACCGUGUGAAGUCUGUGACUGGUGGCCGUGGUGCCGAUAUCGUGGUGGAAGUCGUUGGUCUAUCACCAGCUCUCCGGACAGCGUUCGAGUUGGUUCGGUCAUUUGGUGCUAUAAGCAGCAUCGGGGUUCAUAACGCUGAGAUCCCAUGGUCAGGAAGUGAGGCUUACAACAAAAACGUUCGCUUACAGAUGGGACGUUGUCCUGUAAGAAGCAUCUUCCAUGAAGCCAUGGACGUCUUAAGGCAAGAACAAAGUUCUCUCGGGGGCGAUGGCCAACCAAAUCUUAUUGAGCGAAUCUGGGCGUUUGAUGCUAUUGUUGUCGCCACCGGCCACUAUAGCCUACGGCGUAUUCCCGACGCCAAGGGGCUGGCAGGAUGGAAGGCUCACUUUGGCGAUGCUGUUAUACACUCCAAACAGUACCGUCGCCCAGAGCAGUUCACUGGCAAAAAAGUGCUUGUUAUUGGCGGAGGAGCUUCUGCGUAUGAUGUCUGUCGCAAGACAAGCGAAAUGGCCAAUAAAGUCAUCCAUAGCACCAGAGGAGGCGACUUUGAACUGCCUCAAGCAAUGUUUCCUCAGAACGUAGAGCAUGUUGGAGGCAUUGAGGAGUUCGUAUUGGAAAGAAAUGAGACAAUCGGCUCAGUGAAGGGCCACAUCCCAUUGACCAACGGCCAGAGGCUUUACGACGUCGAAAGCGUUGUUCUGGCCACUGGGUAUAUCACUUCAUAUCCAUUCCUUCAGCAAUACCGUCGCGAUGAUGUAGCUGUUGACGGUGCUACACGGGAUAUACUCGUCACAUCAGAAGGGAACAUGGUGCAUAACCUCCACAAAGACAUCUUCUAUAUAGAAGACUCGUCACUAUCAUUUAUCGGCGUACUUUAUCACAAUGUGACCUUCUCACUCUUCGACUUCCAAGCACAAUGA